UGUGCAUCUCUCUUGCAUAAAGUGCAGGUAGGGAAAGGGAUAUAGUGCCUGCACUAGGCAUUCUCCACCUUCUUCAAACGAAUGAUUCCAUCUCAUAUUAUGGAUUCUUCAUUUGAGUGCCUGCAUGAUGGGUUGGUGUUGAAGGUUCUGACGGAGAUCGGGCUUGGCAAUGCAAUGGAGUUGAUGAAAGCAAGUGUGUUGUCAAAGCGAUUCGCAAAACUUGUCAGGGAAGUGUCAGCGCUGAAAUUCCUACCUGGCAUUUGGUCUGAGGAUGAGCACGAUGACCUACGGCGUCAGUGGAUCUGCGAUGUCCUGAGGCGCAUGGAGCGGCUGGAGUCGUUUUCAGCUCAUGAUGUUGUAGCCCUCAGAAAGGAUCAGGAUGAAUCCACUCCCAGGUACUGUCCAUGGAUAGGUUUGUUUCCUUCGUCACUGAGACAUGUCUCCCUGGAAAACCUUCAUGGGCAUGGGUACGAAGAUGGUCUUAGAACGCUUUUCCACAGGUGCGGGCAUCUGCAGUGUCUGGACCUCGGGUUUGUCGGAUACUCAAGUUUUCACUUGGACAUGCUUCUUUCGUCUUCGUCUUCUUCGUUGGAACGAUUACGCCUGUCCUUCUUCAGCGUCCAUUUUUGUGGUGCUGGAGAGAAAUACUCGUCGCUAAGACAUCUCUUUCCCUCUCUCACUCAUCUGUGCCUGAAAAAUAUCUCAGACUUUGCGGACUCGUGUGAGCCUUGUGCGCUCACUCAUCUUACUUUCGCAGAAACACUCAUUUUAGCGAGAUCUUGCCGGCCUGGCACCCGGCUAGAGUAUGGUAUUGGGCCAAGACAUGGUCGGAUUAAACCAGGACUAAUCGCAUUGUGUCACUUGUUCCUCUCUUUCAAGAGCUUGAGGAGCCUGAUGUUUGAGGUUCAUUCAUAUGCGUGCGUGCCCGAAGAGCCAGAUCCCUGGCAAUGGCCGGUGUCAGGCGCAGAGGAGAAGAAAGAGACAUGGGGAGAGGAGGGCAAAAGAAAGAGAUCGCUGACACCCACACGAGCGCCCCCACCUUUGCCAAUUACAAAACUUUGGUUGGACUCGCGCUACACUUUCGCAGGAGAUCCUCGACAAAUGGCCGCCUUUACCGACUUAUUGCCGAAUCUGACCGCACUCCGCAUUUAUGUGUGGACGCCGUCAUCAGGGAGCGGGCUUGCCAGAGUUAUUGCUCGUCUCUUGCGUGCAUGUCCUCUCUUGCUCACCUUGCAUCUUGAUUGGGAAAACCAGUUCCCUUUUGAGAGCACGGCUGUCGAUUGGGUCGAAAUGAAGAGCUGCUUGCAGGGUCCACAUAGUGCUGACAUGGUCCAUCCACAACCCCGAUAUCAUGCUGGAGAAGAGAAAUACGAAGUGGAGGAUGAGGAAGAGGAGGACGACGAUGGCACUGCGGAGGAGAAUGGCAAUGUUGAGGAAGAGGGGGAGAAGAAGGAGGACUCGAACGAGGAGGAGCUAGAGAAGCAGGAGGAGGAGCAUAACGACGAGAAAGAGGCGGGGGUGGUAAGAACAGCGACGUCGCCAUCCUUGGUUGAUUGUCGAAGUGGGCACAACUCGCAUCCUCUUCGGAUUCUUGUGUUGGGAGGAAUGGGACGGCUUGGCACCAGUCCGAAGGGUCUCGAUCGUAUUUUUCAACAGAUGCCAUCCUUACAGUCUGUAACGUGCUUUCUCGUGUCAAGGGGGUUCUCUGUGUCUUCUCCAUCGUCGCUCAGGUCCCUUGCACUGGUCUGGUAUGAUGACGACGAUCCACUCCCAGUGAAUCGCAUCAUGUGCCCCAAUCUUGUUGACCUUACCCUUGUAAUCUACGCAGAGGGUUUCCAUAACCUUCAGAUCACCUGCCCCAAGUUGAAGGACUUAACCAUCACCGGACGACCGAAACUGAUGUCAACACCGACUUGCAGAUGUAAAUGGAUAGAUAAGAUACCGACACCGACAACUGCCGCUGCACGCCUAGAUGGCGCUUGCGCAAAAUUGGCUACCCCGAUCGUGAAUAAUUAUGGGAAUGGUUCUUUCUCUUUUGCUUUGACCAGAUCCUAUUGGAAUUUCCACAGUCGGUUCUGCUCGUUGCCAUUGGAUAGUCUUAAGUCGCUUUCUCUGAAGGAAUGUCACGUCUCUGAGGAAGCCAUCUGUCAGCUUCUCAUCUUCCAGCUGAAUAGCUUAGAAGCACUGCAUUUAGAUAUCAAGAAGAACAAUCUGGCCCACUGUCCAAUCUCUUUUGAAGAAGCGCUUGCUAUUCGAAGAGACGCAGAAUCACAUCUACGCCGAGACAUAUUUCCAAAUCAGGGAAUAGAGCGAGAUACUCUUCCACCCACAGCAAGAUACUCUUCCUGCCACAAUGGUCGUGGCAAGCGACAACUCUAUCCUUCUUCUUCUUCUUCUUCUUCUUCUUCUUCGGCUGCUGGUGCUGCAAGCUGUGCACCCAGUAUUGCUGACAGCUCAGUUCUGAUGGUGGCCCGUCCUGAUUCAGGAAGCAUGGGCCCAGGUGAUGAUGGUACUGCUGCACCUGUUCCAGGGAAGAUUGCCUCAGUGUCUCCUGCUGCCUGUUAUGCUGCUUCUGCUUCUGCCACUGGCUUUCAGAAAUUAAAGUCCUUGUACAUGAGCUCACAUUUUAUGGCAUGGAUGGAGAAAUAUUUUAAACGGGAAAUGCUACCGGUGGGUGGCUCAGCAGAGGUGGGGUUAUACGCGACUUCUCAUCCAGAAUCUGGACACCAUAAGAGCAUUCUUGAGGAAGGCAAGCCUGGGGAAAAGGGGUCAUUGGGCCUGUCAUUUUUGACCCCGUCGCUGGAAACGACGCAGUCAGUGACAUCGACUCUUGUUGGACAGCGAGAGGGACGGAACCGUAAAGUUGAGAUGAAAGGAUGGUGCAGCAUCUUUUUCAAUUGCCCGAACUUGGAGAGCAUUCAUCUCCGCAGGUGUGUUCACGAGUACUGUGCGUCGUGUAGAUUCACAUACCGAAAGAGCAAGGAGGAGAACGAAGAGAGUCUCGUAGCAACCAUUGCAAUCAUCAGAUGCUUUUUGACAUCCUGUGGUAAUUUGAAUACGGUUGCUGGAGACGUGUACACUGAAUGCACAGAGAAGUGUGAUCUUAUGGUGAAGGAACUGAGCAGCUCUUUUCCAUCUGCAAACAUCCAACUUCGUCUGCAUGAUGGUUCCUGCUGAGUGGAGUGCGGUCACACAGCGGUCACACAGCACGCUCAACUGGAAGCAUUUAUUUCCAGAUGUUUUUAAUCG